CAAUCAACAUUCCUGAUUGGUAAAAGUACAGUGUGUUUGAAUUUCAAAAACACACUAUUACUCUUCUCAACCACGUGACGUCGCAUCACCGACCCGCCUUUUUUCCCCUUUCCCAGUAUCUACCACCAUUCACACUUUUCAACUCCUCCGCCUCCACACUCUCUCUCUCUCUCUAUCUUCUUUCUGUCCACACUCCACUACUUUCCUUCUCCGUCCACCGUCCACUCAUAAUGAUCUGCUCAAACCGGUCCGACAAAACCGGUUCAAACUGGCUCGACCGUCUUCGAUCCAUUAAAGGCAUCCCAACCGGCGACGACAUUGACCUCGACUCCUUCCUCCUCAGACUAACCACCCAUUCUCCUCAACCCCGCCCCAUUAAACCGCCGCGACGCCGUCCAACCGUUACCCACGACCCACCGUUAACCGCUAUCCUCACUCAGCUCUUCAAUCCUGGCGCCACCCACUCUAUAACAUCUAAGAAAUGUCCUAGGAAACAAACGAACCCUAAAAUCUUCAUCGCAUCUUCCUCCACCACCAUCAACAAUGCUCCCACCACCACCGGAGGCGAUGCAGUGGUUGAAGUAGAAGAUCGAUGCGUGGAAGAGAACGACGGUGCGGAAGAUUUGAAGGGUUUCACGAGAAGCGAGGUUACGGUUAUAGACACUAGUUGCCCAGGGUGGAAGGUUGAUAAAUUGGUUUUCAGAAAGAAUAGCGUUUGGAAAGUCAGAGAAAGGAAAUCGAAGACCAAGCUUUUCGCGAAGAAGAAGAGUAAAACUACUCAUGAUCUUGAUAUCCAUGGAACUGGGAACUCCAAGAAUAAUGUAGUCAACAUGGGAGGAGCGAAGCCUGUAAAGAAACUGAAGGUGAUCAAUGCAUAAUCCCCAAAAAGAGGGUUUACAAAUCAAGAAAGGAAAACACAUCUCCCAUUUAAACAAAUAAAUAAAAACAGCUGCUUAUUAAAAGAGCAUAGGAACAAGAACAUAGUCUAACAAAACCCAAGAGAACCAGACAAUAAUCCAAGUCUUUACAGGUCAUUUUACAUGAGAUAUAUAAUUGGUUGCAGCAAGCAAUGGUGCAGGCUUCACAUUGGUACUAUUUGACGGUGGCACUACUGGACCUAGAUUGAAAACUAAUCAAACAACGAACUAAUUUCUGUCGAAUGUUAUAAACAUGCAAUUGCAGUGUUAAAAAACUUAGCUUUGUAAACGUCUCUUCCAUUUUUCAUAACUUGAAACAUUCUUUACCCAAUA